CCCGGCCCUCUCAUGACCAAACCCAAACAUCAAUACCAUCCAAGCACAGAUUGAACACAACAGCAGUCCACAACGACUGCCGGAUAUCGACAAAACGAAAAUCAGCGGACAUCCAACCAACCAUCAAAAUGAUCACCCCCACCACCUUCGGGGAGCCCGUCCCUACCGUUCCCAGCGCUCCCAUUCCUACGCUCCCCAAGCCGAAGCCGCCUGCUCGCUGCGAGGACGGCGAACCUAUCCCCACUGUACCGAGUGCUCCCAUCCCGACUCUUCCCAAGCCAAGGACGCCCUCCCGUGCCGAGGACGGUGAGCCUAUCCCUACCGUGCCCAGCGCUCCGAUUCCUACUCUCCCUAAACCCAAGCCGCCUACCCGAUCUGAGGACUCGGACCGCGAGGAGGAUUAUGAGGUCGUGUACGUCCCGGCGUAUUUCACCACCCACUUCGAAUAUGUUGGCGAAAGCUCUCCUACGCCUACGCCGCUCAAUUCGCCUAAGGAUCUCUGAGGAGGUGACUCGGAUGGCUACCAGUUCAAGGAAGGGGAAAAAUUAAUGAGACUUGAGGAGGAAAUCGACACGGUGGGGUUCUGCUCGGAUGGCGGUGUUGGCCCUAGAUGGAGCGAUGGAGAGGAAUAGAGGCGGCGCGCAAUGAAUGGAGCCGGCUCGGGGUAAAUGGCGUCCAGUGCUUUCUGAGAACAGGAGGUUGUGUUGAGUUGGCGACGUCGGGAAGUGAAGUAGUCAAAAUUGGCCAUCAAGGUUCUUGUGCGCAGAGAUAACGAUAAGGGCACU